UUUGUUGAAGUGAUAUUCCGCUUGGCAGAACCCCCUUUCACUUAACUUACCCAAUCGCGUUAGAUCCAAACACACACUUUCUUCAACCCAUAACGUGGGCUUCGCUUUAAAAUUUCUUCCGACUCAUGGAUCAACAGCAAUAUCUUCCAGACGUCCCUCCACAAAUACUUCACAACAACACGCUCGCUGUGCAUGGCCUUUGCUCUCCAUUCUCUGCCUGACUCUUCCUCUUGAAUGCUGUGUUCCAACUAUGUUCAAGUCAUUUUGGAACUGAUUGUCACGGAACGAGGGCCCCGUUUGUCUACUCACGUUCUCUCCUCGACUCCGCAACGAAAGCGAUGACUGUAUUCUCUUUUCGGUGUCCCACAAAAUCGGCCCCCGCAGUUUCUUCUCGGACUACCGACGGGACAGACCACUAUUUCUUUGGUAGUGCGAAAGCGAUCCAGCUAAGGCCAAAUGUCGAGUCAAUCUCAAUCUGGCAUCCCCAUCCCAGCUUCCGUUCUCAUCACGUUCUUUGGUAUGGGUGCUGGAACUGGCUGGUUUGCCCACUACAUCACCCUGAGCAUCUUCGACCGCCUUAUUCGACCUCGAUUCUUCCCAAAUCUCCCAGCGCACUACCGCAAUCGACCUGAGCCAGAGAACGACGAGUUCGAGGCCGGAGACGAAGAUCCUGUGGACGCUGGGCCCCGACGCUGGGAAUUAAUCUGACCUCGAUCUCUACAACCAAGGCGCUGUAAGUUCGAAGACUAU